UGGGAAAUACUGCCAUUGAGUUUGUUCGCGAUCGUUUAAUCGACCGGGAAAUAUGAGUAUAAAAAGAAAAACGAAAAAAUUUCGGGUUCAAAUACUUUGUGGAAACUCAUGAAACUUUCCUUUAAGCGAUUUUAAUGUGUUAUCAAGUGUGACGCUGACCCAGUAAAAUAGGCUUGAGGUUUACAAUGUUGUUAAUUUUAAAUUAUUCCCGAUUGGUCGGCAGGGUUUUCCUGAUUCACUAUGGCGGAAGCGGGCUCUUGUCCACGGUAUAUGCUCUGUUCGAGAUGAAUUAACGCGACGAUCGUUCAAAAUACGAUAUAACGAAUGGACCUACAGACUUUUUAAUGUUUUUGACAAAUGUUAAAAAAUGCGUCGAAUUGGUCCUCUCGUCGGAGCCAUCGACGCGGGUACGGGCAGUGUCAGAUUUUUGGUAUUCAAUGCCAAUACUGCCGAAGUGUUGACAUAUUACCAAAUAGAAAUUGAGUCAUUUACUCCGAAUGAAGGAUGGGUUGAUCAGAAUCCUGAGGAGAUUUUAGACGCAACAAAGAAAUGCCUUGUAGAAGUAGUGAAAAAUUUGAAACAACUCAAAAUCGAUCCCAAUGAUCUAGUUGCGAUUGGGAUAACAAAUCAAAGAGAAACGACAAUAGUAUGGGAUCCAAUAACAGGGCAACCGUUAUGUCCAGCUAUAGUAUGGAUGGAUAUGCGGACAACAGGCAUUGUGGACGAAUUAUUAGAUCAUGUUCGAAAUCGAGACCAAAAUUAUCUUAAGCCGCUCUGUGGAUUACCACUGAGUCCUUAUUUUAGUGCAUUAAAAUUAAAGUGGAUGAUGAAGAAUGUGUCAGCUGUCCAAAAUGCAAUUAAAGAUAAGAGAUGUCUAUUUGGUACUGUCGAUUCAUGGCUAAUCUGGAAUUUAACAGGAGGACCGAAAAAUGGUAUUCACAUUACAGAUGUUACAAAUGCAUCCAGAACAAUGUUGAUGAACAUUAUAACACUGGAAUGGGAUCCAACUUUACUCACGUUUUUUAAAAUACCAGCAUUCAUCUUGCCAAAGAUUCGCAGUUCAUCUGAAAUUUAUGGCCGCAUUGCUGAUGGCCCCCUUCAAGGAAUUCCCAUAUCAGGAUGCCUAGGUGACCAGCAAUCAGCGUUGGUAGGACAAAUGUGUUUCCAACAAGGACAGGCAAAAAGUACUUAUGGAACUGGGUGUUUCCUUUUAUACAACACUGGUCCUGCUAUUGCAGAAUCAACUCAUGGUAUGUUGACGACAGUUGCAUACAAGAUGGGUCCAAAUGCAACAACUAUGUAUGCUCUUGAAGGUUCCGUAGCUAUAGCUGGUAAAGUUAUGCAAUGGUUACGAGAUAAUCUUAAUAUUCUGGACGAUGUGAAAGAUUCUGAAAACAUUACCAAAAGCAUAACAAGCAGCAAUGGUAAUGUUGUAUUUGUACCUGCCUUUUCUGGUCUGUAUGCUCCAUAUUGGAAACAAGAUGCUAGAAGUGUUAUUUGCGGAAUAACUGAAAACACAGACAGAGCGCACAUUAUUAAAGCAGCCUUGGAAGCUGUCUGUUUUCAAACGAGAGAUAUUUUAGAAUCUAUGAAGAAAGAUACAGGAUUACCCUUAUCGAAUUUAUUAGUUGAUGGUGCUAUGACAUCUAAUAACUUAUUAAUGCAAAUGCAAGCUGACAUUUGUGGAAUUCCAGUGUUUAGACCUUUCAUGUCAGAAACAACUGCACUUGGUGCAGCAAUUGCUGCAGGUAGUGCAGAAGGAAUCCGUAGGUGGAAUGUUGAUCCAGAUUCUACCGUACCAAGUGAUGUUUUUCUCCCAUCUAUAUCCGAAGACGAUCGGGAUAUAAUGUACUGUCAAUGGAAAAUGGCAAUUGAGCGCAGUUUGGGCUGGGAUCCACCAGCAUUUCCCGAAGAUCACGUACCGGAUAUUCAAGCAACAACUGCAUCCGGUUUCUUUAUCAUUGCGACGAUAGUUAUACUUAUCAUAGCAAAAUUCCGAGAUUCUAUCUAAUUCAGUGCAAAGUGCCUGACUACUAAUUUUAAUACAUUUCAAAAGCCAAAAAUUGCGCAAAGCAAUUAAUCAUUACCACCGUACUUGUUACUACUUUAAUUAUCAGAAACUUAUACAUUAAAUAGUUUCAUAUAAGACGGACCUUUCCGUGAGUAGUAGAAAAGAAUUUAGUAAAUAAAUAAUGUUAAUUGCCAA